AUGUUCGAAAGUUUAAUUAAACCAUUAUUAACAAAUACAAAUUUGUUAACAUCACCAUCAUUUCUAAUUCGUCGUUCAUUUAAUACUCUUUGGCAUAUGCAUAUGAAUACAUUGUGGAUAACAGGUGUACGACCUCAAACAAAAAGUAAAAUGGACGAACAACCAACAAUGCGUGGUAUUGUACUUAAAACAUUAAUUCGAAAACCAAGAAAACCAAACUCAGCCAAUCGUAAAUGUUGUCGUGUUCGUCUAGCUAAUGGUGUUGAAGUUAUUGCACAUAUUCCAGGUGAAGGACAUAAUUUACAAGAACAUCACAGCGUUUUAGUACGAGGUGGCCGAACAAAAGAUUUACCCGGUGUACAUUAUAAAGUUGUUCGUGGUAAAUUAGAUUGUAAUUUACCAGUUAAAAGACAAACAACAUUACCAUCUAGUGCUACGGGGAACUAA